AUGGGGCCGCGAGGCAUUCGACUUUGGGUCAGAACGCCCUGGUUACGCCGGUUUGCUUCAACAAAGGGGUCAUCUGACCAAGACUUUGAACUAGCGAGAAAGUGGCUGAAAACUUUGGACUCCCAAACCGUCCCCCGCCAGGUCGGUGAGCUGUCCUUUAGCCGGUCAAGCGGUCCAGGAGGCCAGAAUGUCAACAAGGCUAAUAGUGGGGGCAGAGUCAACACAAAAGCAACCUUGAAGGUUCCUUUCGCAGCGCUCCUGCCUCUGGUUCCGCGUCUACUCCACCCCAAACUGCAGGCUUCACGUUUUGCCGCCGAGCGGUCCCAGGCCCUAGUCUUCCAUUCGGAUGAAUCCCGGAAACAAGCUAGUAACGUGGACUCGUGUUUCGACAAGCUCCACCAACUGUUGGAGAGUUCCGCAAAGGCCGUAAUUCCGGGCGAGACUUCCCCAGAACAAAAAGACCGCGUUCAUAAACUUCAACGAGCUCAAAAUGAGUCCCGUUUGAAGUCUAAGAAAUUCCAAAGCGAUAAAAAGAGUAAUCGGCGGGGGAAUAAGUAUGAUGAUUGA